GCCCCCGAACCCGGAAGUGUAACAAAAAAAUGUAAUGUGUUUAUAGUUUAGCUAAAGUUUAUCGUGUUUUCGCGUCGUAACAUACCCUUCAUAUUUACUGCCACAUUACACGAAAUAUAUAUAACUAAAAAGAAAAUGAGCGAAGAGGAAAAGGACCCUUCAGCCUUGAAGGAGAAAGGCAACGCAUAUUUCAAGUCAGGAAACUUAGAUGCAGCUCUAUCUUGUUACACCAAAGCCUUAAAACUGAGUGAAAACGAAGCAGACUGUGCUGUUUUGUAUCGCAACCGCUGUGCCUGCUAUCUGAAGCUAGAGGACUACAGCAAGGUAGAGUUGGAUGCUACUAAGGCUCUUGAUACUGAUCCAGCUGAUGUAAAAGCAAGAUUUAGGAGAGCUCAGGCUUAUCAGAAACUUGGUCGACUGGAUCAAGCCUUUGUAGACACACAGAGAUGUGCUCAGCUGGAGCCCAAAAACAAAGCCUUCCAGGAUUUGCUCCGGCAGUUAGGGGUACAAAUUCAGCAAAAGUCUGCACAGCUAAACUCCACAGACGCCCGAGUGCAGCAAAUGUUCACUCUUCUGAUGGAUGACUCUGCAAAAGAAUCUGAUCGGCACAAGGCGGCUCAGAAUCUCGUGGUGCUGUCCAGAGAAGACGCAGGAGCUGAGCAGAUCUUUCGCAAUGAUGGCGUGAAAUUAAUUGAAAAACUUCUAAAGUCAAAACAAGAAGAUAUUGUUCUUUCUGCUCUGAGGACACUCGUUGGACUGUGCACUGGCCACCAAUCUAGGACAAUGGCGAUAGUGAAUGAGUUGGGAAUGCAGCAGCUCUGUGCAGUAAUGGGAUCUGGAGAUGCCACAGUUUCUCUUGCUGCCUGCCAUCUGCUGCAGGUCAUGUUUGAGGCUCUGACUGAAGGCAUGAAAAGAGACAUCAGAGGGAAAGAAGAAGCCAUACUUCCUGAACCUUCUAAAGAGCUUCGUUCAAUGCUGCGUCAUCUCUUGGAUAUGAUGCCAGCAGCAAAUGUGUCUGGGCCUGGCAGAGACAACGCUAUCAACCUCUUGGUGAAGCAGGUUCCACGCAAGUCAUUGAAAAACCCAGAUAACUCCCUCACGUUAUGGGUGAUAGAUCAAGGACUGAAAAAGAUUUUGGAAGUGGCUGGAACUGUUGCAGAGAUUGCAAAAGGGCCACCUCUGACGGAUAACUCCCACAUGAGCUGUUCUGUCCUGCUGUCUAAAUUGUAUGAUGAUCUGAAGGGUGACAAAGAAAGGGAAAACUUUAACAAACUAUGUGAAGAAUAUGUCCAGCAGCACUUUAAUCUGUCUGUGCUGGAAGCUAAGCUCCGUGCCAUCCAAACAGUCUCAGUCCUGCUUCAAGGGCCAAGUGAGGUCGGCAACAGAACUCUGGAGCUGUCAGGAAUGAUGGAUGCUGUGAUAGCUCUGUGUGCAUCCGAAGAUGUGAUUCACCAGCAGGUGGCAGUAGAAGCUCUCAUCCACGCCGCUGGUAAAGCCAAAAGAGCAUCAUUUAUCACCGCUAAUGGAGUGGCACUGCUAAAGGACCUCUACAAGAAGAGUGAGAAUGACAGGAUACGUGUGCGAGCUUUGGUGGGUUUGUGCAAGCUUGGAUCAGCUGGAGGGACAGAUUUCAGCAUGAAGCAGUUUGCAGAGGGAUCCACGCUGAAGCUAGCAAAGCAGUGCAGAAAGUGGCUGUGUAAUGAAUCCUUACCUCCAACAUCCCGGCGCUGGUCUGUCGAAGGCCUUGCUUAUCUCACUUUUGAUGCAGAUGUGAAGGAAGAUUUGGUUGAAGACAAGAAUGCCCUCAAGGCCAUGUUUGAACUAGCAAAAUCUGAAGAUAAGACGGUCCUGUUUGCGGUUGGUUCUACUUUGGUAAACUGCACCAACAGCUAUGAUGUGGAGAAACCAGACCCACAAAUGGUGGAACUGGCCAAGUACGCGAAGCAGCACGUACCUGAAGAACAUCCUAAAGAUGCUCCUUCCUAUGUAGAGAAGAGGCUGGUGAAGCUGCUUGAUGCUGGGGUAGUAUCUGCAUUGGUGUGUAUGGUCAAAAAUGAGAGUCCAGCUCUUACAGAGGCUUGUAGAGAAUCCAUUGCCAGGGUAUUUUUAGCUUUGGUAGAACGUCAGGAGGACAGAGGCACUGUUGUUGCACAGGGCGGAGGAAAGGCUCUAAUCCCUCUUGCCACUGACAACACAGACAUGGGCAAAAUAAAAGCAGCCCAAGCCUUGGCAAAAAUAACUAUUACAUCAAAUCCAGAAAUUGCCUUUCCGGGAGAAAGGGUUUAUGAAGUGGUGCGUCCACUUGUCAGCCUUUUGAGCCUGGAAUGCACCAUGCUGCAAAACUUUGAGGCACUAAUGGGGCUAACCAAUCUGGCUGGCAUCAGUGAAAGACUCAGGCAAAAGAUUAUCAAAGAGAAGGCAGUACCAAAAAUUGAAGGCUACAUGUUUGAGGAGCAUGAUCUUGUCAGAGCAUCUGCCACUGAAUGUAUGUGUAAUCUUGUACUGAGUGAAGAGGUACAGAAGCUAUACCUGGCAAAGGGAAAUGAUCGUCUUAAGCUGCUGGUGCUCUACAGUGGAGAGGAGGAUGAGAGACUUCGUAGAGCAGCUUCAGGAACACUGGCCAUGUUGACGGCUGAGCAGCCAGAGCUGUGUGCACGCAUCCCUGAAACUACAACCCACUGGCUGGAGAUCAUCCAGGCUCUACUCCUUUGUGAAAUUGUAGAUUUGCGACAUCGAGGUGUGGUGGUUGUUCAGAACAUGAUGCUAGCAGACAAGAGUUUGGCUGAAAAACUAAUGGAAAGUGAAGCUUUAGAAAUUCUGACAGUCUUAGCCAAGGGAGAAGAAGGUGUAAACAGCCAAGUUUCUAAAAUUGCCCAAAACUGUCUGGACAAAGCGAUUGAGUACGGUAUAAUCAAGAACAGAGAGAAAGAAUAGGCAUAUUUCAGCACUAUAUAAAUGAUGACCAAAUAUAUUAAGUAUUAUCUUUGACCAAUAAGCAUUUCACCAGUCCAACAUUACGCUAUGUGGUAGUGAUAUCUGUUAUUCAAACUACAAUCCAUUUUGAACAUUUUAUGACUUCAGCAAAUACAUACCGACUGAUGGUUUGUCACUGUUUCUUAUGCACUACAGUUGUAAAUCUAAGCGUUUAUUACUUUUAUCUUUUAAAUACCACCAUGUUUUUCACUGUCAUCAUUCCUUUAUAUAUAUUUUUCACAUGAAGUGUUUUAAUAAAAUACCAAAUGAGUGAAUUGC